GAAGGAAAACACAGAAGCUGAAGCUGCUGCGAAUGAGCGCAGAAGAGUGAAGCGUGAAGAGCACAGAGGGUCCGAGCCGUAGCUCACCCAGCCACACACCUGCUUUAUCCCUAUCAUAUCCGAAGACAUUAGUAUCCAAUACUUCUGCUUAACGGUGCUUUCCUCUCCCCAACAUGCUUCCCUGUGAUUUUUGUAGGUAGAAAGUUGUUGUUGGACCUUUAUGGGUCCUCCCACAUUGGCCAUGAACGCAAAAAGCUCUCCUGUAGUCUCAUCAGAUGCUUCGAAGAAUAAAAGACAUUACUCCCUAUUGGAGCAACAAAAGUGUUUUGCAUCCGUCAGCAUUGGAGAAGAAAAGCCAUUUGACUUCUUACGUGUUUUAUUUGAGGGUGUUAUAGCAGGAGGUAUUGCGGGUGUUGUAGUUGAGACAGCUCUGUACCCAAUUGAUACAAUAAAAACUCGCCUUCAGGCAGCUCGUGGUGGAGGAGAACUUCUUUGGAAGGGUCUGUAUUCUGGACUGGCUGGAAACCUUGCUGGUGUCUUACCGGCUUCUGCGAUAUUUGUUGGUGUGUAUGAACCUACAAAGCAGAAAUUGUUAAGGAUCUUCCCGGAGAACCUUACUGCUUUUGCUCAUUUGACUGCAGGAGCCAUUGGAGGAGCUGCUUCUUCUCUUGUUCGUGUACCAACGGAGGUUGUCAAGCAAAGGAUGCAGACUGGGCAAUUUGCUUCUGCUCCUGAUGCUGUCCGCCUUAUAGUUGCUAAGGAGGGGUUUAAAGGUCUUUAUGCGGGAUACGGAUCCUUCUUAUUGCGUGAUUUGCCUUUCGAUGCAAUCCAAUUUUGCCUCUAUGAGCAGCUGCGGAUAGGAUAUAAGAUAACGGCUCAAAGGGAUUUAAAGGAUGCUGAGAAUGCUAUAAUUGGUGCUUUUGCUGGGGCACUCACUGGAGCCAUAACUACUCCUCUUGAUGUGAUUAAGACAAGAUUAAUGAUUCAGGGAUCAGCAAACCAGUAUAAUGGUAUAAGUAAUUGUGUUCAGACCAUUGUUAGAGAAGAGGGACCUGCUGCUCUCUUGAAGGGAAUAGGGCCAAGAGUACUUUGGAUAGGUAUUGGUGGUUCAAUUUUCUUUGGUGUUCUUGAGAGGACAAAACAGUAUCUUGCAGAAAGGCGUCCUGGGUUUCACAAUCCAGACACCAAGCAUGAGUGAAAUUAGCCAAGCCCAUCUGGGUUUAUGUCUCUGGUGAUUUUGUUAUGUUCUUUCUGUGUUUUCUUUUACAUCCUUUUCCCCCUUGUUAAAA